GCCGACACCAUGGCUUCUCUGCUUGCUCUGCUCUCACAUCCUUCUGAAAUCGCUGAGACGCAGGACGGAGUAACAUCCAAGUCCAUCAUCUUCGUUAUAGACGAGUUUGACCUCUUUGCGACGCAUGCCCGACAAACACUUCUCUACAACCUUUUCGACAUUGCGCAGGCCCGAAAAGCGCCGAUUGCUGUUCUCGGCCUGACCACAAGAAUCGACGUUGUCGAGAGCCAUCGACGACGAGGACAUGGUUCUGGAGAGUAUCGAUCCGAAGGUCAAGGGCCACCGUGAAUUCCGGGACUGGUGGAACGGCAAAAUAGAGGUACGUGCAUCGCGCGAUCCCAACGCUGCUGCUUUUUCUCACCGUGUCAACCAAUCGGCAGUCUCUGUACAAAACGCAGGGCUUCCUGGAUCAUCUGGAGUCGCACUUUUACAGUACGAAAUCGG